GUGCGAUCCGGGAGAUUAGGACGUAUCCGGGCAAUGCUAACAUUCUCUACGAUGUCGUCGCUCUUUGCCGGACUCACUCGGUCCAUGGAUUAAGCAUAAUUUUAAGAAGAGUUGGAUUUAUAUUGCGAAAAAAAUCGAAAAAUGAAGAUCGUAUUCUUAACUUUGCUAGUUUUGGCGGCUUUGCUCAAAGAAUGCAUUCCAGUACGCUUCGAGUAUUUGGGAGUGCCAGGAUUCGUUCUUUUGGGUGAACCUGUGUGGCUGGAUUGCGGAUAUGAAUUGGAAGGAAACGAACUGUAUUCCGUGAAGUGGUACAAGGAUAAUGUUGAGUUUUACAGAUACCUUCCAAGUGACAAUCCUUCCGCCCUUAUGUACAAACUAGAUGGAGUCUACCUUGAUCUCGAACGUUCCAAUGCGACUCAUGCACUGCUCUACAAAACGGAGAUGCAAACCGAAGGGAUGUACGGAUGUGAAGUUUCAACUGAAAUGCCUCACUUUCGAACAAUCAAAGCGGAAAAAGAACUCUAUGUGUAUGUCAUACCUGAGGGCGAUCCUGCAAUAUUUGGAGUAAUGAAUAGAUAUCCAAUUGGCUCUGCAGUGAAUGUGACAUGCGUUUUCGGACCCUCCAAGCCAGCAGCUGAAUUAACAUGGUACAUCAACGGGGAUAAGGCACCAGAAGCGUAUGUACGUCAAAGACAGAAGGAGAUUUAUCAGAAUGAUCUGGAGACAACUAAAUCUCGACUCUUCUUCGUAGUUGAUCCCAGCCAUUUACGUCAAGGAACUCUGAGUCUUCAGUGCACAGCAUCGGUUUCAUUGGUACAUUCUAAAAGCAGUAUUGAACUUAUCGUAAACGACGGAAGCUCUGGCGCUGAAUUUCUGCAUGUUCCCCAUGUGCCUCCAGGACUUGAAGGACCAAGUAUUACAGGAAGUGUGUCUCGAUAUUAUGUGGGUGAUACUGUAGAUGUAAACUGCUCUUCUGCAAGAUCUUUGGAACCAGCCCAACUACAAUGGUUCGUUAACGACAAUGAGGUGAAGCCAGAAUUCCUUUCCCAGUAUCCACCAACUGUAUACCCAGAUGGAUUGUCCUCCACUAAGUUAGGCCUUCGUUUUCGAGUUCAAGAGGACCACUUCAGAUCUGAGGAAAUGAGGCUGAAAUGCACGGCAACGCUGGCUAAGAUAAUUACGAUGACAACUGUUGAGACAAUCGCUGUGGGACCCCAAAGGACAUCUGGAUUUCAAGUAGCUAAUUCUGCUAUAGGAUGGAAAAACCUCGAAACCACUACAUUGGAGUGCAUGGCUAUCUUGACGAGUUUUUUGACUUUGUACUUAAGCUGACCAUUAUCGUUGGAAAGUAUGAGUUUGACUUAUCUUUUCUCAAAGUGACUCAUGCCUCUAUAUGGAUGGCUUGAGUAAUGAGGGUCGAACUCAUCUUACUGUAAAUAGCUUAGCGUUUUCUUGGAUGGUAUUACAAACCGACUGCGCAGGACAAAUCGUGUAAAAUUUGAAAUAUUAAACUGAACUCAGAAUCGACGUUUUUCUUCUUUCUUAUAAACGCUUUCCAUCAGCAUCGUCUAUGGAUGAAUUUCUGGAGAAAAAGAUGUUGCUUUGUUCUUUGUAAUUUGAUUACGUCUGUAUUAUGCACCCAUUACAUAAAACGUAUUUUGAUCUUCAGUUUUUGCUUGUUAUUUAUGAUUUU